GUCAAAUCGGCUGUUAUUCUUCAGACCUUCAGCUUCCGAUUGGUGUUCCUUAGCGGAGUGGGUGGAGGUACUGGAAUCGGGUUGCGCAGGGAACGCACGGCGGGAGUCGGAGCAGCCUGAAGAACGCGGCUUAUGGGGACAGGGGCUCCGUCUGUGCAGCAGUGCAGGCAGCUGAACUGAAGAAAGUGACUGUGGAGUUUUCAUCUCUUCUACCAUUUGGGAUUUAAUUUGCAUCGUCUCUGAGUCUUUUUUUUUUUUUUAAAGAAAGCAUCAAGUCAAACCCACACACAACAUGUUGUUGCGCACAAGGACUUCCACUCCCUGGCUGCGUUAUUAAUGUUAGCAAUCAGGAAAAGCCUUUGGGGGCUGCAGAUUCUCUCUAGUCUGAUGCUGCUGCUACUGCCACUGCUGCUGAGGGUUUUGGUGCAGGGAAUCCAAACUGCUGCCUUUUCUGUCCACUGAGCUCUUCACAUCUGCAUGUCUCGGCUGCUCGCUCUCUCUUAUAUACACACACACACACACACACACACACACACCCCACAUCUCACAUCCUCUCUCCAUGGACUGAUUGCUGUUGAGAGAAGACGAGCCUGACCCAAGUGAUUUCUUUUGAGAAGAACACAGUUUGCAUUUAUUUGUCGUAUUCUGGUGGAUCUAUUCUGAGGAUAAUCUUUUUUGGGGUGGGUGGGGAAGAAAACAUGACGUCGCCAGCUAAAUUCAAAAAGGAUAAGGAGAUCAUAACUGAAUAUGACACCCAAGUCAAAGAGAUUCGGGCCCAGCUUAUUGAACAACUGAAAUGUCUUGAUCAGCAAUGCGAACUUAGAGUCCAGCUGCUGCAGGACCUGCAAGAUUUUUUCCGCAAAAAGGCUGAGAUUGAGAUGGAUUACUCCAGGAACUUGGAGAAGCUGGCUGAACGAUUUCUGGCGAAAACAAGGAGCACCAAAGAUCAGCAGUUCAAGAAGGACCAGAAUGUUCUUUCACCAGUCAAUUGCUGGAAUCUCCUCUUAAACCAGGUGAAGCGGGAGAGCAGGGACCAUACCACCUUGAGUGACAUCUACCUGAACAACAUCAUUCCUCGGUUUGUCCAAGUCAGUGAAGACUCUGGACGACUUUUCAAGAAGAGCAAAGAAGUUGGGCAGCAGCUCCAGGAAGACUUGAUGAAGGUCCUGAAUGAACUCUACACGGUAAUGAAGACCUACCACAUGUAUAAUGCUGACAGCAUCAGUGCUCAAAGCAAGCUGAAGGAGGCGGAAAAGCAGGAGGAAAAGCAGAUUGGCAAGUCUGUGAAGCAAGAGGACAAGCAAACCCCACGCUCCCCUGAUUCAGCCUCCAGUGUAAAGUUUGAAGAAAAACAUGUCCGACGAAGCUCAGUCAAGAAGAUUGAAAAAAUGAAAGAGAAGCGCCAAGCAAAAUACACAGAAAAUAAACUAAAGGCUAUUAAGGCACGGAAUGAAUACCUGCUGGCUCUGGAGGCCACGAAUGCGUCUGUGUUCAAGUAUUACAUCCAUGACCUGUCUGAUCUCAUUGAUCAGUGCUGUGAUCUAGGAUAUCAUGCCAGCCUUGGUAGGGCACUCAGAACGUUCCUGUCAGCAGAGCUGAACCUAGAACAGUCAAAGCAUGAAGGCCUGGAUGCCAUUGAGAAUGCUGUGGAGAAUUUGGAUGCCAAUAGUGACAAGCAGCGCCUUAUGGAGAUGUGCAACAGUGUCUUCUGCCCACCCAUGAAGUUUGAAUUUCAGCCGCACAUGGGUGACAUGGUGUCCCAGCUUUGUGCCCAGCAGCCGGUGCAGAGCGAGUUAGUGCAGAGAUGUCAGCAGCUGCAGUCUAGGCUAUCCACACUGAAGAUUGAAAAUGAAGAGGUUAAGAAAACUAUGGAAGCCACGUUACAGACUAUCCAGGAUAUAGUCACCAUUGAAGAUUUUGAUGUGUCUGACUGUUUUCAGUAUAGCAACUCCAUGGAGUCUGUAAAAUCGACUGUCUCUGAAACCUUCAUGAGCAAGCCAAGCAUCGCCAAGAGGAGGGCCAAUCAGCAGGAAACGGAACAGUUCUACUUCACAAAGUUGAAGGAGUAUCUGGAAGGGAGAAACCUCAUCACCAAGCUUCAGGCCAAGCAUGACCUCCUUCAGAAGACUCUGGGAGAAAGUCAAAGGACUGACUGCUCUCUUGCCAGAACAGAAAAGGUUGCAUCAGAAGCAAAAGCCAGAACCAAUCCAAAGACUAUUAGAGCUCAUUUGAAGCUUCAUUCAAGGGUGAAGAGGGUGCUCCCACAGAACAGCAGGCGCAGCUCGACUAUAAGGAAGCAGGAUUCCAGUCAAGCUAUUCCUCUGGUGGUAGAGAGCUGCGUACGAUUCAUUAGCCGACAUGGGCUGCAGCAUGAAGGGAUCUUCAGGGUGUCAGGAUCUCAGGUUGAAGUGAAUGAUAUUAAAAAUGCAUUUGAGAGAGGGGAGGAUCCACUGGCCGGAGACCAAAAUGAUCAUGAUAUGGACUCAAUAGCAGGAGUUCUAAAGCUGUAUUUUCGAGGGCUAGAACAUCCCCUCUUCCCCAAGGAAAUCUUCCAUGACCUGAUUGCCUGUGUUACCAUGGACAAUCUGCAAGAGAGAGCUCUGCACAUCCGGAAAGUCCUCCUGACCUUGCCUAAAACCACUUUGAUCAUAAUGAGAUACCUCUUUGCAUUCCUUAAUCAUUUAUCUCAAUUCAGUGAAGAGAACAUGAUGGACCCUUACAACUUAGCCAUCUGCUUCGGACCCACGCUGAUGUCAGUGCCUGAAGGCCACGAUCAGGUCUCCUGCCAAGCUCACGUCAAUGAGCUGAUCAAAACUAUAAUCAUACAGCACGAGAAUGUCUUCCCAGGACCCAGGGAACUGGAGGGCCCUGUGUAUACCAGGGGUGGAAGCACUGAGGAUUACUGUGAAAGCCCGCAUGGGGAGUCAACUUCCACAGAAGAUACUGCUCAGGAUAUGACCACAGAACACCAUACAAGUGAUGAUGAAUGUGAACCCAUCGAAGCAAUAGCCAAAUUUGACUACAGUGGCCGAACAGCACGUGAACUAUCCUUUAAAAAGGGGGCUUCUCUCCUGCUUUAUCACCGGGCCUCUGAUGACUGGUGGGAGGGCCGUCAUAACGGAAUUGAUGGUCUGAUCCCCCAUCAAUACAUCGUUGUUCAGGACACUGAGGAUGGCAUAUCUGAAAGAUCAAGCCCAAAAUCUGAAAUAGAAAUAAAUUCUGAGCCACCUGAAGAAAAGGUAACAGCUAGAACCAGUUCCAACUGCCCAACUGGGAGCCAUGUUGCAGACAUUUAUCUUGCAAAUAUCAAUAAGCAAAGGAAAAGACCCGAGUCUGGCAGCAUACGAAGAGCUUACCGUCAGAGUGACAGCCAUGGGCUGCCCAGCUCACUGGGAGAACCAGUCCCACCAGGAGCUGUGGCCAGUUCCCGUCCCUCCUCACAACCUAUUAUGAGCCAAAGUCUGCCGAAGGAGGUGCCAGAUGCAUGCUCCAUCAGUGGCCACGGCAGUCUCAAUUCUCUCAGCCGGCAUGCAUCUUUGAAGAACAGGAUAGAUAGUCCCCACAUUCGGAAAAAUGUGGCUGCAGGAAGGUCAAAGAGCUUUAAUAACCACCGACCCAUGGAUCCUGAAGUCAUUGCACAGGAUAUUGAAGCUACUAUGAAUUCUGCUCUAAAUGAACUACGGGAGCUUGAAAGGCAAAGCAAUGUGAAACACACGCCAGACGUUGUCCUCGACACCCUGGAGCCACUGAAAACCUCCCCUGUUGUGGCACCAACAUCGGAGCCUUCUAGCCCUUUGCAUACUCAGAUCCUCAAGGACUCUGAACCAGGUUUCCAGCGAAGUGCCAGCACUGCAAGUGACAUCCCCUGCACCUUCAGACCAGCAAAAUCUGUCAAAAUGGCUGCUCAAAUCAAACCUCCAGCAACCAGGCCAAAGCCUGCAGUUUUCCCCAAAACAAAUACCACAAGCCCUGCGGUUGGCUCUGCAUCUCAACAGUCUACUGACAAGUCUUGUACUGUCUGAACUUGAAACCCUGCUGUGAAUAUAUCUUUUUGUUUCAGAUGAGGGGACCCUGUUAAGGAGACAUUAAGCAUUCUAUUUAAUUAGUAUCAAACAUCUGCUGAAGGUUAGUUUGUAAGUUGCUAUUGCCAGGGAUAUCCCCCAGCUAAUGAAUCCUCACUUUGCACCCAUCAUCUGUGACAUUAGGGCAUCAGAACUCUGUGUAGCCUUAAGACAUAGAAAGUCUCAGAGCACUGUGAGAGAUCCAGUGAUAAAAAGGCAGAACUGAUUAGCCAGUUCCUAAUAAAUAGACAAUAUCUUUUUUCAAGCGUCUGGUUACUCAGAUAAGUCUUUGGUGUCCAUGUGUUUUGGAGGCUGGUAGAAAGGACUUCUGUGCUUCCAUCACUACAGGGAAACAAUACAAUAUUGUUCAUUCGUGGUUGCUUUUGGUGGACUUGGGCAUUUCUGGAGCUUAUUCCUGUCCAUUAUUACAGUGCCCAGUGGUGCCAGAAGGUCUGUGGAGUUUCCAAUACAGCUUGCCUCUUUUCAGGGGUACAUAUUCUCAGAAACAAGGAGUUUUCUGUCCUAGGCUAAAAUGAUCAUAAAUUUUCAUGAAGAGUGCCACAUUAGUAUAGUCUUGUUUAGCUGAGGCACUCAUAAUAUGCGCACAUAGGGGUAUGUUCAUUUAAAGUUAAACUUACUGUAUGGAGAAAUGAGUAUGAAUUUGCAUGGUAAAACAACUCCCCUAUACUACUUGUAUCUUUGCUUGGUGCUUCCAGAAUUAAAAGCAGCCUUAAUGCUUCAAAAUGAGAUUUUAGAACCAUAUCUCUAGAACAGCCUCUUUGCUCUUUCAUGGAGACUCAAGAGAAAAAAAUGAAAAAAUGUGUUAAAUUUUGAAAACCAGCUACUUUUCUCUCUCCUUCUCCAGAGUGGCAUUUCCAAAUGUGUACAUUUACCAUGUCCUUUGUAAUACAAGAUGGAUUCAGACCAACCCCUCCAGGACUGAACAAUCCUAAACUCUAGAUCUGAUAGUCUCAGCAACUUGGUCCUGUCUUUCACUUCUUUUUUAAACCCCACCCCACCGCCCUUUUGGUUCAUUCUGCUGAGAGCUUGUGGUAUGGUGGCAUAAGGCAAAUAAAAUAAAAGUUGCUGUGGAACAUAGAGAUAAUCUGGAAUGCAGCACAUUUCUGUGAUAGAUCACUAUGUCACCAAGUGCUUUGCAGACAGUCAAAUGAACUGUCUUGGUAUCUGGUAUUUACAUGAUGGAUUAUAUUUGGUCCAGGUUGCAACAGACUAUAGGGGCUCAUCUUUGUGCUAAAUGGGAAUUUAUUUUUCAGGAUGUUAACCACGUUAGAAAAAAAGAAGAAAAGAAGACUAUAGGGGCUCAUCUUUGUGCUAAAUGGGAAUUUAUUUUUCAGGAUGGUUAUUUGGUCCAGGUUGCAACAGACUAUAGGGGCUCAUCUUUGUGCUAAAUGGGAGUUUAUUUUUCAGGAUGGUAACCAUGUUAAAAAGAAAAGAAGAAACGCACACUUCAAAAGCAACUGGGAGUUCUUCUGACUUCUCUAUCACCUUCCACCAAAAGGACUCUGAAUUAAAAUGGAUUCUGACACGAUCACACUUCUUUGAUUGUCAACUGAGGACAAGAUAAGGGACUGAAAUGUGUUUUCUUUCAUAUUGUAGGUCUGAGCUGCAAUCUGUUUUUUCUUGUGGUUUUAUGAAUGAAAUAGUUAGUAACUGAUAUUUUAAUAGAAACAAGAUACUUAUCUUUGGGGAACAAAGUGACAGUAGUCAUUUCACAUUACUCUAAGGUUGUUACAUGAAAAUACUUCUUUUAAUCUCCCUACAAGGGGCGGGGUGGGGGAGGUGUUGUUUCUAAUGCUAUCUAAGGAAGACUUGACAAUCUCACAAACUGUGGUAGAAAAGAAACCAUGUGAAAGGUUUUUGGGGAACAGUAAAACAAACGUUUACUAGCUGUUGCCUUUUCAACACACUGACUGGGUGUGGGUGUGUGUAAGUGUAAGCUCUAUGUGGAUCUUGACUGGCUCAAGUGAAAGGGAAUGAGACCUGAUACUGCAACCCAAUCAUUAGCUCUCAGGAUGGGACAGACUCCUAAUCCAGGAAUCUAAUUAUUUGUGGGUUCUUUUUAAUUGGUGUUUAACUCAGGCAAAGCUACUGGAUUUUUUUAAUUAUUUUUUUAGUUUUGUAAGAUCAUGUUAGUGUUGCCAGCUCCUAGGCCAGAUGAGGGCUUUUGUGCCUGUAGUAGCCACAUUGGCAGGUGGGCAGAUCAAACCCUUUCUCCUGUUCCUGAAGCACUGUGACAGGCAGAACCAUAUACCUGUUGAAUUUAUGCACUAAAGGCACAGGAAGCACCCUAAAACGUGAGGCAUUGGUGGCCCUGGUGUUACUUCACUACAUGAGAUGUGAAGGAGGAGCAAAACAGAAAUUCUUUAUGGAACAGUUAUUGAGCACAUGCUAGGAAUGCCUUAUUUUAUCUGUCUGUAUCAUGUCUUGUACCAGUGAAGAACAAUCCAGCCACUCAAAGCACCUUGGAACAAAAUAUUUUUUUCAUGUAUUCAAAGUGUUUUGAUAUGUGGGUGAAAACUGGUGGGCUUUUGUUUUUUUUCCAAUGGCUUGAGAUUUUAUGACCAGUUUUAUUCAACUUUGCUUUUCCUUGCUGACCUCAACAUUGGAAAGAACCUACUGAAUAAGGACUUUGAAAUCAGAGAAUAUAUACAACAUAUCAUGUACCAACCAACUGGAAUUGAAAUGUACACCAUGUGAUCUGUAUUGCAAAUAUACAUAUGAAAAGCACAUUUCUUUCAUAGGCAAACUCCAAGCAAUUUAUCUUGGAAAUAAACUAGGCAAGCAAUUUAAGUAUUUUAAGGUUACUUAAGAUUGCUUUUAUUGCAAAGAUGUACAUGUCCUUAGAAAGGGAGGUGUUUUCCACAUUUCUAUGGUGGAUGUAUUAUUGAAGAGAGAUGAGGAUAUCUGUGCGACAAACAUAUAUUGAUGAUAUGUCCAUAAAGUGUCAUGGCUUCCUCCAAAGAAUUCUAGUAAGCCUAGUUUUGCAUGAAACUGGAAAUUCUCUUAGAAAUCCCUACCCACCCACCCAAACCUACAUAUACCAGGAUUCACGGGAAAGCAUUAAGCUUUAUGUAAACGAAUUAAGUUUGUAGUUCAGAUAUGCCCACAUAGUGUGUGUACAACUGGGAGCUUUUGUACAAGUUUGGUAUUCAGAGGGAAUAUUGCAUCUACCCAAGAAAUGCAGCUUGACCUGUCGUGUGUGUCAAGUGAAUAGUAAGCAAAAUGUUGUUGAUAACUGGAAUCUUGUACUCAUUUUUUGUUUUGACAGUGUCUUCAAAAAGAUUGUCACAGAACAAAAUAGAUGGGACAAUCCAGACACUUUCGGGGAGGAAAAAUGGCAUUUUAGCUGAAAGCUUUCUGGAGCUUCUGCACCUGUAACUCAAAUGUAACAUCUCAUUUCUUCUAGCUGACAGUUGAAUAAUAGAUUUAAAGGCCUUUAUGAACCUCUAGGCUUGAUUAACAUGCCAAUACAUUAAAAUAUGACCAACAAUAAAAACCAGGUUUCCUUCAUGUCUCUGCCAACUGAGUAGAGAAGCACUGGAUAUUAAAUGACAUUGUGACUAUGAAGGAAACAAUCCUGUACAUAUUUAAAAUAUUGGGGGUGGGGGUUGGUGGGGGAGGGGACACCUCAUUCUGUUACUAUUAUUUUUAAAAGAUUCUGUUCAGAUAGCAUCCUUGACAAGAAGCAGAAAUGCCAAAGGAAAGCAGCAGGAAGUGGGAGCUCUCCCCACUUUUGGCUCUUGCUAAACCAUAGCAAUAGCUUUGAGAGUCCUUGCUCCAUUGCCUGAUUCCUCCCACUGCUGCUGCCCAAAAGGUUAAGUCCUGCAAAGAUUUGUAUGUCUGCAUAACAGUACCUAAUGUCAUAUGUGAAACUUUGUGCUACUUUCACUUUAUAUAGAGCACUAUUCUUUUGAGACUAUCCCAGUUGAAUCUUAACUAUCUGGUCCCUGGUUGGCAACUAUUGUCACCUACAAACCAAAAUGAAUGUGGGGGUAGAAAGCCAAGCCCCCACUCACAAGUGCCACUGCUCUUUUUGGUCUUUCACCCUGAUUCAAGGUAGCACUUGAGCAUAAUGCAUGCAGCUAGUUCUUUUGAAGUCUAGUUUGAGCUCAUUUGGUUCUCCAAGUCAGAGCCCAAAAGUUAGGGCUAAACUAGCAGAAUGACUGCAAAGCUAUAAUGAAAGUUAUGUCUAAGAAACAAGAAAGAACCUAGCUGUGCUUUGCUUGUGAGUCUGUCCACUUCCGCAAAGUCACAUACUAGAAUGAUUUACUCAUAAUAUGAUCUCUACUCAUAAUACGAUCUCUUACUAGAUAUUCUUAAGCUGCAAAGGUUUUUCACAAUAACAUAUUUUUAAAACAAACAUUUGGAUGUGAAUGUGGCUCUGAAUAUCUCUAGUAUUUAGGCAGGGGAAAAAUAAAACAUUGUAUUAAUAAUGACAAUUCUACCUUGCUUUAUAGCUUUGCAGAUAAAAUCCCAGAUAUGCCUCCCUAUCUCAGAUAAUUAGAUGUGAGGCUGGGACCGCACAAAGCUUGGUGAAAGCCCUUCUUGCCUGUCUGCUGUAUAUCGCACAAAUGAACAAUUAUGCACGUGCAGUAGCUGCUUUUCAAAGGUUUUAACAAUUCUUCCUGUUCACAUGUUUAAAUGCAAAAGAGGAAAAAAAGAUACUUCCAUCUCAGCUGAUCUUGAAAGCAGAGGGCAGUGGGGGAGACCAUUUUAGGGUUUUUGCAAGUUUUGGAUUUCCACAGCAUUUUUUAAGCAAAUAGAAGUAGGCAUAUUUUUAUCCUUCGGGCCAGAUUCCCAUACGAGUGUAAUGCUUAAUUUGAUGGAACUUGGACCUUCAAUUAUAAUGGCACUAUAAAAAUGUUUAAGAGGACUUAUUGGUGUUUCUCUCUCUGGAGGUAAAAGGCUGUAAUCUGCCUAAACAGAGCUUCAUGGGGUGGAUUGUGUGGGUGCCGAACUGCUAGAGCAAUAUUCAAAGUAUGAACAGGUGACAUUUUAAAAAGUCCAUAAUCCAUGUAGCCAGGACACAGCAAGUGCUGAAGCAUAAUUUGAAAAGAAAUGACAGCAGUGUCUUUAUUCUACUGUAUGUAUUGGUUCAAUUGCACAGUCUAGGUAUUCUCACUUUUUGUGUUUAAAAUCAAAUCCUGCAAAUUCAGGUUUGGGUUUAUUCAGUGCAUUAGAUUAUUUUAGGGUUGUUUUUUUUAAUUAGCAGCCGUUGUUUUAAUGGGUUUGGAAUGAAAUGUUUAAAAUUGUUUUAAAAGCAAUUUUCCAUUGUUUUGUAUCUUCUACACCAAUCUAUAUAUAUGGUGUAUAUAUUUUCCUUUCAAAGCAAAAAAAAAACACGACUCUGUAAAAUUGUACUUAGUAGUAUAUACAAUGUACAAUAUUGGAGGUACAUCUUUUUUCCUUUUGGGGGGGAUACAGUAUUGUACAGUAUUAGAGGAGUAAGUGUGUUGGAAUUGUUAAAUCUGUACUGAGGGAAAACAAAUAUAUCUGUUGUCAUUAGCAAUAGUUUUGGAGAAAUAAAUGUUUGGGUAUGGUGGAAGUGCUGACCUAUGGACAAAA